AUGUUCGUCGCUCAGACUCUUGCGGACGUUUUCAAUCAUAUCGCCUUCCCCCCCAAGCUUCCUGGCAAAAAGGACCGGGAGCCAGAAAAGGUAGAACGCGACCUCAUCAUCCGCUUGCGUUAUGCAGUACAGACCCUCUGCAACGUUGCAGACGACGCUUUGAAGCCUGUCUGGGAGUCGAUUAUUGCGACCCUCGACACAUGCAGCGCAGUGAAUCAAAAUGGAAUGGUGAACAAGGUCGCUCUGCUCGACGCGUUGGGGAAAGUACAUCCCGGGGGAGCUGUCAUAGUGAAUAUCGGAGAGCAGAAUGCGGCCCUUCUUAUUCGGAUGCCCCAGAGCGGUGAUCAUGUCAUCAUUGAGGCCUUUGAAACAUCUCCAACCGCAGAAAAAACUCUUGCCGCCUCGGGAGCAUUACAGUGGACCUUCCCAGCAACGGCCGUCUCCUUGCCCGUCGAAGAGUUUAAAGAUCCGGUCCUCCAAGCUUCUCUCGCGGACUUUCUCGAAAAGGUGAGCAUAGAAAAGCUGGAGCACAGCGCGGCCAAAGCACGGAAAGCUGGAAAGGAGGUGGUUGAGAGCCGUGAUACGGUCGACCCAGCCAUAAUCACCUAUUUUCUGAUAACGCUACUUGGGGCAAACGGUAGCCAUAUAUCCCCACCAGCAUUGCAAAAGCGUGUCAAGGACGAUGUGUGCUGGGACAAUUCCGAGCUUCCUUGGCGGCGGAGUCCAUUUUGGCUUGUGCUUCGAGUGUCUCUUCAGCGCUUGCUUUAUCUGUACCUGGAUCAUGACCUAGGCCGUCUACAGUAUAAAUUUCUGCUAUGCACUGUUCUGGCACAUCUCCUCGGCGACCUUAUCAGUAACGGAGUCUUGGAGCCGGAGCAGUGGAGCUGGCUAAACACCAAAUUGUGUCGCCGAUUAGCCAAAUUGGAAACAGAAAGACAGACGUCGUCAACAGCGGUGAACACAGUACAUGCCCACCUGUCCCAGAAACUUGGACCUGCUUAUGAAAAUAACGUCACUGCCGCAAGAAACGCCAUGAGCAAUAAGUGGGAAGCAUUUAAAAGGGGUACUAAGCGAAAGAUACCGCAUUUGCCACUUUAUUCCCAGCCCAAAGACCUUCUAUUGAGCUUACCCAAUAGCAUUUCCUAUCUUCAAAAGGUUCUGAGUCUUCCCCAGUCUCUAGCACAGAGGACAAGGAAUGUAAAGCCUGUCGACUUGUCCACUCAGAGCAACAAAAGCACUGGUGAUCAGUUUGCGUCUCUAGUUAGGCGGUAUACGUCGAUCGCUGAGUUAGAGCUCAAGAUUGAGUUGGGAAAGAAAAAGACCCCAACCUCAAAAGACGAAAUUGAAGACUUGUGCCUGAAAAUUGCCCGCUGGAUCAAAGGUUACUUGGACCUUGUAGGGCAAUCCGAUAACCGAGAUCAAGAGCAGAUGAGCUUUGUGAUUCUGACUGUGCUGGAGCUAUGGAUAUACAUGGACAAAUGUGCCAUAGCUACAUAUCCCGUCCUCUCAGAGUAUCAUCCUGUGUUUUUCCCUGAGCUAUUGGACGUCUUGCUGUUGUCGACGCUUGCCGAUUUGAAGCGACUACAGGAAGUCCAAACAUACCUACAUAAUCGUUGCACCGCGGCCGUUCGAAAGGAAAUGACAAUUUUCACUGAUCCAGUACCAGGAUGCUUCGCCGACCGCUUCCUGGAACUCUCAAUUGGCAAAGACCUAGUUAAGCUGCAAGGCAAGAUCGAAGCCGCAUCUUCGGUAGCUCAGGAUAAAAAGAUGUCUGAGCUGAUAAGUGUCAAUCAAGAAUUCAAAUCUUUGACAGAGGCCAAAGAUAGUAGUGUUUGCACCCAGCGCAUGAACCCCGACGGCACCCAUGACAUCCGAGGAUGCAGCCACUGCUAUUAUAUUCGGCGCCGCCGACGUUUGCAGAUCGCCGUGCAUGAGGAUUACCUGCCUACCGAUCACAAAUUGUACGAAAAAAGGGCCAUUGUAUUUGAACUAGGCUUACCUCCUGUGUUUGCCGCGUAUCGAAGUGCGACUUGGACCAUCAUCAAUCGUCUGGGGCCUUCAAAAGACUCAGACAAUGCAGAUCAACCUCAUAAAUUGCUCCGGGAGCAUGCUCCGCUUGCUAGCUACUUGAAGAACAAGUCGAAUGGAGGAAUUUCCCUUGCAUCCUAUACAAAAUCUCAUCUGGGUACACACUACAAAUGGAAAAGCUUGCCCGCGUCAACGAGCAGUAUUCUUCGCCCUUUUGGACUAACAUUCUUGUACUAUGAUACUGACCGGCAGGUAUGGGUCAAAAGCAAGCAUGAGCCACUCACAUUUGCGCACAAUUUUCUUCUUCGUCUCCCCCCAAAUCUUCCGUUCUCAAGUUUGUACUCCUCUUCCAAUUUUGCCCCCGAUGGCCCUGGUCCUUCUUCAUACGAGUCCAUUGCAAAAAUGCGUCAUUGCCCGUCUACAGUGACGGUACACGAGUUUUUGGCUCACCAGACUUUGAUGUCCGGUAAGCAUCGUCGGUGGUUGUCAAUCCUCACUGAACUUGGAUCUUCCAACAUCAAUCUCAGCUCGCUAGAUGCGAUGGUUCUUCUGCGCCACCUUGCUUUGCAAGUCGGUCCCAAUUUGGAGGAUGACACACUUCGAGUGGUGCAUACGGUAUUCAGGGAUAUUCGGUUUUGUAGACGGCUGAUUGAGCAAAUCGAUCAGCACGCUACCACCAUAGCACCAAACUGGCGUGAAGUUACUUAUAUGGAGACUCUACUUACCUUGUCCAUUCAGGUAUAUAACCUUGGCUGCCAAGAUUCUAAAGCAGGAGCGGAGGAUUUGUUGCUCAAGAUCCGCCGCAUCACACUGAACUGGAUCAGCCACUUGCGCUUAGAGACCAGGAAUGCCUUAGAGGUGGACAUUGCCGAAAGAGCAGCUCGCUACUGCGUUUUAGCUGCUUUGCUGUGUCGGCGAACUUUUUUCCCAGAGGCUCAUGCCGGUGGCACUCUAGAUUCGGAAAGCUUCCAGUGCUUUAUUGAAGCUACUCUGGCUAUGCAGGAAAGUAUGGUUAUCGAUUUGAGCAAAUUCGAUGACCUUACGCACAGCAUGUUAGUACGUGACCUAAAGAUGGCUGUUCGACUUCGAUCAAGUGUGCAAGCUGCCGUUAAAGCACAUCCCGAAAGUAUUGCAUCUGCUAUCGACAACGUGUGGCCUAUAAGCGUCACUGGGGGCCAUGUAUCGUGGCAGAACUUGCCAAAACCUUAUGAUCUAUGGGUGGCUGCUGAGUCUGGGGCCACUGAGCACACCCUUCCACAAACCAUCCACAUUCACCUACUCGAAGGCCAUUUUCUUGUGGAUGGGAAACCGCUGGGAAAGCUUCCGGCUGAUAUUCGCGACUCAGGAAUACUAAAAGAGCUCUUUGGUAACCAGAGAUUGACCGCCUUUCCAUCAAAUCGGCCGGGAAUGAGUUACACUCUGGCAAUUGAUAAAGAGGGAUGCCAGAUCCAUUUGGGAUAUCGGAGCCAAGACCUUGUGAUCCAGACUACUACCAGGGAUGGAAGGACUCUGGAACUGAUUCCACGGUCAGUAUUCAGCAAGGGCCAAACUCUUGAUUUACCUCUAUCUUUGGUUCACCAUUGUGUGCAUUGGCUUGAUCUGAGAACAGGGAUUCUCGAGGCUCGGCGUAUGCCAGCUAUAUGGAUAACAAGGCCAGGAAACUGGAAGCUGGACAUCCGAACUCGGAAGGCGCAGCGCCAUAACAAGUCUUACCUAGUUGAUCCUCACUCCCAAUUAGCGGCGACGAUCGCCAGUAUGUUUCUUCAUUUUGAGCAGCCAUCGAUGUUGACAAUAUAUCAGCCGCCCGUACGAGGACUUUCUGUUGAGCUGAAACGCAUGAAUCUGAAUUUCCACGUCAACAAGAGAGGACUGUUGCAAAGCCAGCAGCUGGGCGUAGAGAUCGAUCCGGAUCAAGAUGCCGGCACUUUGUAUGGGCUACAAAGCAUGCUAGUUCUUCGCAACGUCCACAAUCGUUCUCAGCGCAGUAUUAUAACCACGCUAGGGAAUAUUGAUUAUCGACGCCACGGAGUUCAUGUGUUGGUGCGGAAAGAGAAUGACGGUGAUUAUGGAAGAUAUAUGAUUGAUGAUGUUCUCGGCCGACUUCAUGGCGCUGCAGAGCCGCGGCUGCUAUAUACCUUGGCACAGCUACAUGCGUUUACAUCUUUCUGUAUACCUGAUCCCCUUACAAGUCGAAAUGGGGCAGAGGAAGCGUUGUCCAUUCUACAGUCGGCCUAUUCGCAGCCAUGGUGUCCUCUCAGCUUGGGUGUCUUGGAUCUGUUGCAAACCAUCUCGAAUAUCACCCCGUCGCGACAGUAUUACCCAAAGGGGGUCAAACGCCUGCAGGUCGUCAAUUGGAAUGAGAGAUUGACAGUAACUAUACAACAUGAGGCCUAUCGACCGACAGUGGAUGCAAUCUUAGCGAGGUCGCAGAAGCUUUCAUUGUUUAAUAUUGAUGGAACCUACCACCAACCACAGAUAUCCGCAAACGAGCCACAUCUCAGCGAGAGGGCCCGCUGGCGCCGAUCCUUGCACGAACGUACGGAUUCGUCUUGUCAGUCCAUAAUCAGGCCCUCUGACACCCCCUACAUAUCACGGGCAAGUAAAUUCUCAGCCAACAGCAUUUCCAAUGUUCGAGAGGUUGUGACCCUACUCCGAGAGCGACCUGCAGUAAUUCGAACCACGCACAAGCUUGUAAGCUUCCUACGCAAAUGGACAUACAUUGGUGGUUUCAACGGGAGUUAUUGCCCAAGUUCUAUCCAGGAGAUCUUGUCUGCGGACCUUGCAUUGGAGUGGGGGAGCUUGGUGCGCCUCUGCAGAGACUGUGGGCCUCAAGAUGCGUACAAGCUCAUGUUCCACCUAGGUUUGAUAUCUUAUGGAGAUGGUGUCAGUAUGGAUAUGGUGAGAGUUCUAGCUGCCUUUUCUAUCUUUCCUGAGUUGAAGGACCUUGAGUUGCCGCCUUAUCCUUCUUUCGAAGGCUUCCAGGAUGAUGGGCCCCCUGAUGUUGCCACAGUCAUGGCUCUAGUGAAACCAUUUUGCAAAGAGUACCAUAGUCCAGCUGGCCAGGAAAACCGAUCUCGAAAGAAGAACAAAGCAUGGUAUAAGGAGACUGGGGCGGAGCGCGUGAAGCACGAGACACAAUGCCUGACCGAGUGCGAGUCGUUCGCUUUAUCCCUCAUUAAGGGGUGGCCUUGUUCCGAACCGUCGGCAACUUGGUUCUCAGGAAGUGUCUUGGACGUCGAAGGUGCUAUUCAGGAAAUCUGCCCGGACUGGCUGCGACGUUACAAGAACCUUCAGCUAUCAGGAUUCGUUGAAGAUGUCCAGAGGGUCUUAGAUGCUUCUAGUGCAUCCGUAAAUGGGUUUAGAAAUCCUCCCACUAACCUCAAGCCCAAAAUAGUCUGGGCCCGGUCAGCAAGAGCUUCAAAGAUCACUUUACAACUGGACCAAGACCUCAUGUGCCAUCCUGGCCCAAAAGUGGUACCGAGCGCAAGUGUUCAAAUACCUCUGAAUCAGAUGGCAUCUGCACAUCAGUUAAGCUCUUCCAAUAUUACGGCACUACCAAGCAGUAAGAGAACUAGGGAAUCUCAGAUUACGGAGCUUGAGCAAAUAGUGCGUGGAAUCACGAAUUCGGAGUGUUCAGUCCGAUCGACAUAUGGCCAGGACUUGCAGUUAAGCAUUGAUGCACUGAGGAAGAAGGACGAGCGGCCAAUGGAUCCACUUGCGGCGGAUGACUCUUAUUCAGUGGGGAUGGCUAAGUAUGAUAACGAGAUCAGGAACGCUCGUACUGCUGUGCGUCGGAUUUACGAUCUGAUAUAUGAAAAGCUUUCAGCUCGUGACACCAGAGGCCUUUGGUUGCAGCACGGGAACAUCUGGCCGUGCAUCACCCCAAGAACAAUUCUACAGCAACUUCGAACAACUACGCCUAUAGCGUUUGAACCGCGUAUGAAACAAGCCCUAAUCUCGUAUGGCCUUGCCAUCGUGAACUUGCAGCGUCUAGUUCGUAUGCAGGAGCUAUUUGCAAAGCAUGAUCUAAGCAGGCUCGAGCAGGAGCAACGUAGUCCAUCACACGCUUCAUGGGACUACAUGGAGUACCCGGACUGGAUUCUGCUGGAGAUUGAUGCAAAUAUGCAGAUUCGCCAAGAGCAAGUGACUGUCGCACAACAGAUGGUUGCCCCCACGUCAGGUUCGAAUUCUGUUCUCCAAAUGAACAUGGGUCAGGGCAAGACUUCGGUUAUCAUGCCAAUGGUCGCAUGCGCAUUGGCUAAUUGCGAUAACCUUGUCAGGCUUCUGGUGCCAAAAGCCCUUACGACACAGACCGCACAGGUACUUCAGGGGCGGCUAGGUGGCCUCGUCGGCAGGGAGCUUGUACAUAUUCCUUUCUCGAGGCGCACUCCGACGACCAUGGAGUUGAUCGGGGAAUAUCGCUCCCUUCACGAGGAAGUCAGUACCAGAGCCGGGAUAAUCUUGGGUGUUCCCGAGCAUGCCUUGUCGUUCAAAUUGAGUGGGCUACAGAAGGUUUCAGACCUGAAGCUUACCGAGGCUGCCGAAAUGAUCAUGAUUCAGGAAUGGAUUGACACCGUCGGCCGUGAUAUUCUUGACGAGUGUGACUAUACUUUGGCAGUCAAAACGCAGCUUAUCUACCCGAGUGGCUCUCAGCUUGCGGUGGACGGGCAUCCCGACCGCUGGGAAGCUACUAUGGAUGUGCUAGGGCUGGUCGCUCAGCAUGUACGGGACCUAGCUUCAGCCUUCCCUCAUAGUAUCGAUGUGGUUGAAAGGCCUCUCUCAUCAUUCCCACUCGUGUUCAUACUCCGACAGGAUGUGGCGGUUGCACUCAGUGAGCGAUUAGUGAAAGACAUCUGCUCUGGCCGAGGGUCUGUUCUUCCGGUGCAUAGCUGGGGUGUUGCCGAGCAGGAAAUGAUUAAGCAAUUCAUCUCUCAAGAAACUUUGGAUCCCUCCAUCCUUAAAUCUAUCGAGAGAUUGUUCCAAGAUGUGCCUAGAGCAUGCAAGAGGGCGUACUUGUUGCGGGGGCUAAUUGUUCAUCGGAUACUCUUGCUGUGUCUGAAGAAAAGAUGGAACGUUCAGUAUGGACUGCAUCCAGGGCGUGAUCCUGUGGCAGUUCCUUUUCAGGCAAAGGGCGUCCCAUCAGAAUAUGCGGAAUGGGGCCAUCCAGAUGUUGCUAUCUUAUUUACAUGCCUCGCAUUCUAUUAUGGAGGGUUGAGCCAAGAGCAAUGCCGUCGGUGCCUCCAGGCCGUACUCAAAUCAGAUGAUCCUGCGACGGAGUAUGAUCGAUGGACGCAGACAUCAACAGAUAUCCCUGAAGCAUUGCGGCACUGGAACCUCUUAAAUGUGGAUGAUCAUGGCCAAGUCGCCGAAUUUUGGCAACAUAUGCGGUUUUCUAUGGUUGUGAUCAAUUACUUCUUAAAGCAUUUCGUCUUCCCUGUUCACGCAAAGCAGUUUGCGAUCAAGCUCCAGACUUCGGGAUGGGACGUUCCAUUCAACAAUUCUACUAAGGUUGCCCAUAGGAACAGUGCCGGACUGACCACCGGUUUCAGCGGAACAAACGACAAUCGUCGACUAUUGCCGCUAACCAUUGAGCAACACGACUUGCCGGAACUGCUGCAUACUAACGCUGAGGUUCUUACCUAUCUUCUCCAGGACAGAAAUAGAGAAUAUAGACACGCCUCCUCGGAUGGAAGAAGAAUCUCUGAAGCUGAUCUGCUAACUAAUCUGGCAAAUAGCGAGAUCCGGGUUCUCAUCGAUGCGGGCGCUUUUAUAUUGGAGAUGGAUAACUUGACGUUGGUAAAGACAUGGCUCGAGAAAAGCUCCGAAGCUCAAGCUGCCGUGUAUUUCGCGCCCGACAACAAGCCCUGGGUUUGGUACAGAAUUGGGAAAAAAUUACCACUUCUUGCUACACCAUACGCUGAUAACUUGAAGGAUUGCCUGGUCUAUCUGGAUGAAGCGCACACGAGAGGCACUGAUCUUAAGCUUCCUGCGGAUGCAAAGGGGGCCUUGACACUGGGGCUCAACCAGACUAAGGAUCAUACUGUACAGGCGGCCAUGAGGCUUCGCCAGCUGGGCACAACGCAGUCUAUUGUUUUCAUUGCUCCACCGGAGGUCCACCAGAGCAUCUUGGACGUUAACCAGAAGAGCCAUGACGAAAAGCUUGACUCUGCUGAUGUGAUAAAUUGGCUUCUUCAUCAGACAUGCGCAAGCAACGCCGAGCUAGAACCGCUGUUUCAUUCCCAGGGUGUUGAUUUCUGCUGCCGCAUGCAAGCUGCAUCGCAAUUCCCAAAUUUCUUGAAUAACAAGAAGGACCGGAAAGAUUACAUGGCUGUUCUCCAACAGCCUGAGCAGCAAACCCUGGAAGAGCUGUACCAGCCACGUCUUAUUGAUUGUAAUGGGGAGGGGACAUCACGAAUCAAGAUACUACCAGCAGCUGGAAAGGUUGCCAAAUUCUUAGAGGAGCUCCAACACAGACGCAAUCAGUCCGAUCUUCUUCAGAGUGCGAUUACGAGCUCUGCGUUGGAAGAGGUUGAACAGGAACGGGAGGUUGCUUAUGAAAUUGAGGAGGAGAGAGAACUGCAACGCCCACAGAAGCUAAAAGGUUACCACUUUCCUGGGCUACACCCAGCCUUGGCCCAGUUCGCGCAGACUGGCCGGUUGCAAGGCUCAGGGGCACUUUCUGCAGCGAGCGUGCUUCAAGGCACUCAUCUAGCAUUGAAGUACGGAAUCAAGGACACCAAUCAGUUGGCUCAUCUGCUCGUUUCUGUUGAGUUCACCAGGACCGUAAAGUCAAAGCAUAAUACAGGGGACGAAUUCACGCGUCCCGUGAACUGGCUUCUUUGCAACACCAAGAAUGAAACAGCGAUCGUGAUUAUCCCUGAAGAGGUAGAGGAACUAAUCCCCAUCCUCCGUACCUGCGCUGCUCCAUCGACAUACCUUAUCACAUACGCAGCACCGGUUACGAGACGCAUGUUGCACUUCGAGCGACUGGACUAUUACACUAUUCCAACGUUGUGUCCGUCGGAUGCACUCCCAUCAUGGCUCUCAUUUGAGGUCGGAAUUCUCGCUGGACGGCUGUACUUCGGAUACAAGGAGUAUGAAGGCAUGAUGGAACAGAUGCAGCUGGGGCCUGAAUGGGUUGAUGCUAACAGUCCCGCGUCUCGAAAAUUGACAAACUACAUGAGUUUCUUGCAAGAGUGGCUAGCGCUUCGCCGGCAAGGCCAAGACAUAUCUCAUACACCAAUGGGCUAUGUAUGUCAGCGGAGGCCUCUUCGUGCUGAUCAUCCUUUCUUCGCAGACAUGAAUACGAAGAAGGGCGGCGACCAUAUACUUCGGUCUUCGGGGUACGCGACUGGAACGAAAGAAGAACAGUAUUACGAUAGCGACGAGGAUGACGUUGGUGAUUAUGCAGUCGUUGAAGACGAGUCAUUUGAGGAUGCCCAUGAGGAGCAUGGGAAGGCCGUUGAGCAAGAGGACGACAAGGUUGAUGAGGAGGAUAUCGAGAAUAUCGAAAAUAUCGAGGAGAGCAAGUAG